AUGGCUAAACGCAAGAGGAAUGACCCUCCCAAGGAGGACGUUGCCAUCCAAUCUCCGUCUAAGGCCGUCAAAUCUAUUGAUACGCCCUCCCAAACCCCCGAUGCAGCUCUAACGGUCCAAGUGAUCACUGGUUCCUAUGAGCGUGUGUUGCAUGGUUUCACAGCGGGGAUUCCUGCAUCUGCCUUGAAAGCAAAACAAAUUCCCUCCAAGGACUCGGCCUCGCCCAUUCAAUGUAUCGAUACCUUUCUCUUCGAGGCCCACGGAUCUGCUAUCCGCUGCCUUGCACUGUCGCCCAUGCCCAGACCUACCGACACUGCUGAUGCUCAAAAAGUCAUUUUGGCCAGCGGUGCCACAGAUGAGCGCAUCAAUCUGUACUCUAUCUCAGCUGCCCCGCCUGCAAACAAUGACGACUUCCCUUCUGUCCCCACGUUGGCUGGAAAUAAGAUCCUUGAGAACCCCAGAAACCGCGAGUUGGGUUCACUAUUGCACCAUUCCGCCAGUAUAUCCGCUUUGAACUUUCCUUCACGCAGCAAGCUUCUGGCCGCAGCCGAAGAUAACACCAUUUCUGUAUCAAAGACUCGUGACUGGACAGUGGUUUCAACGAUCAAAGCCCCACAUCCCAAGGUGUAUGGUCGCCCGAGCGGUGAUACUGCGCCCCCAGGAGCAGCGCCAUCAGGUGUCAAUCACUUUGCGGUCCACCCAAGUAUGAAACUGAUGUUGAGCGUUGGGAAGGGCGAGAAGUGCAUGAGACUGUGGAACUUGGUAACUGGAAAAAAGGCAGGAGUGCUGAACUUUGACCGUGAAUUGUUAACCAGUGUCAAUGAGAAUAAGUGGAGCUCUGGCGAGGGGCGUCGCAUUGCAUGGAACGCGGCUGGAGAAGAGUUUGCUGUCGCCUUUGAAUGGGGCGCGGUGGUGUUUGGAAUUGAUUCUACGCCUAAAUGUCGAGCCGUGCCAGCUCCCAGAAGCAAGAUUCAUCAGAUGAAGUAUAUUUCUGUCCCUGGAAUAGACAGUCAGAAAACUGAUCUUCUAGCCAUUUCCACUGAGGAUGGGCGUCUCAUCUUCUACUCAACGGAAAAGACCCAAGAGCUAGAAGAAAAUGCCGAUUCCGCUAUUCCUCAUGCCACUCCGGUUUCUCAGAUUGGCGGCAAGCAGGCCGGCUUCCCGGGACGAAUCAAGGAUUUCGAGAUCUUGAGCUUGGAAAAUCAAGCGAAGGAGCUGCGGGAUGGAUUCUUGAUUGUUACGGGUAAUAGCGACGGCGUGGUGCGCAUUUGGAGAGUUACCGGCAAAGACCUUACUCUGGCAUCUGAGGGCAAAGAGACUCACCAAGUAGGCGAUGUUUUGACCUCAUACGAGACUGGUAACCGAAUCACAUGUCUGGCUUCUUUCAUCAUGUUGCCUGCCGAAGAUCCAGCUACGCUACUAGAGUCAGACUCAGAGGAGGAGGAGGAGGAAGAGAGUGAUGAUAGCGACGAGGAGUGA